AUGGGACGGUCUCAGGAAAAAGAUAGAAAAAGGAGGCAAGCAGCGGCUACGUGUCAACGGCUGGACGGCUUUCUAGUUCCGAAAAGGGCAAGUGAUCAACUUGUGACUCCUGAUCCAGAUUUUACACAGCUGGUUGCAGUAGACGAUCAACUAACACCGAAUUGCAGUGAGUGCUGUAGUGGUAGUGUAGAAAGAGUAGGAUCGUCCUCUACCGCCACGUAUGUCGAGCCUUUGCGCAACACAUGCUGUGAAGUUCACGACAACGAGGCUCAGCGUGCAGGCGUCGCAGGCGGCAAUCAGCAAUGCCAUCAUGCUAAUACUUCUGAUCAUGAUUUAGUGGAUGAUAUCGGCAAAUUGUUUUUCAAAACCAAGUCUCCUGUCGAUUUCUGCAAGUCCAUGCAGGCUCUGAGUGCUGCGGAGAAGUACAACCUACUGACAAAUCACAAAAAGCCUCGUGCCGACCAAGGUUUUUCUCCGACAUGUAUUGGUGGCCGCAACCGAGCUUUUCGUCCUGUUUGGCUAUCAGAACACCCGUGGAUGGUUUACAGCGAGCAAGUGGAUGGUGCCUUUUGCAUUGCUUGUGGAAUUUUCGUUGCUAAAGUGUCCAAGGGGAAGUUUGUAUGCAAGCCUUUUCGUGAUUGGAACAAGAAAGGAGAAAAGCAAAGGAGCACGAGCAGUGCUUAUACCAUCAUCAAGCCAUUGAGCAAGCUGAUAACUUCAAGCGAACCUUGGAGAAUCCAGAUACUACCAUUACUGCACAGUCGGACACCCGCAGGGCGGCCAAUACAGUGCAUUGCUUUACGUGGAGACGCAGAGAGUGUGGAAUCACUUGGAAAUCCAGGUAAUUUUCUUUCUUUGCCGAGGCUUCUGGCAGUGCACGAUGAAGAGUUAAGAAGGCACCUGGAAAUUCCUGCAAUGCGAUGGGCAACUUAUCUUUCUCCUCAAACACAAAAUGAGCUGAUUAAAGUCAUGGGAAACCACAUCCUCUUACAGGGAAUAAUAGGUGAUUUGACAGCUGCGCCUUUUUACGCCAUCCUUGCUGACGAGGUAACUUCGCAUAACGUUGAGCAUCUUGCCAUCUGCGCCAGGUUUGUUGACAGAAGUACUAAAGAGGUCAGAGAAGAGUUUUUAACGUUUUUGAAGUUGGACAGAAUUACUGGGGAGCGGAUUGCAGAUGGUAUCUUUGGCUUUCUGGAAGAGAAUAACAUAUCACUCGCUACUAUGCGUGGUCAGGGCUACGACGGCGCCAGCAACAUGUCUUCAGAUCGAGUGGGUGUCCAGGCCAGGAUUAGACAUAAAGCUUCUUUAGCCACCUACGUACACUGCAGUGGCCACUGCCUUACCCUUGUGAUGAGCAAGUCAUGUGCUCUUCCUGAAGUACGUAAUGUGAUCGAUUGCGUUAAAAAAUGCAGCCGUUUCUUUCUCAAUAGUCCAAAGAGAAGUGUCGUUCUAGAGAUGAUCAUCAACCACAAUGUGGUCAAUGAAGAGAGGAGGAAAGCACUGAUCGAUCUGUGCAAGACGCGAUGGGCUGAGCGGCAUUCGGCUUAUCGGCACUUCUACCAAGGGUACGUAUUUGUGGUUGAAGCUCUAGAGAUGAUAGCUUUCCGCUAUCACUUGGAGAAAUAUGGGGCUACGUAUGCCGACUGGGACUAUGCAGGCCGCAAUGAAGCACAGCAGAUCCUGGCCAGUGUUACUUCCUUUCAGUUUGUUGUUGUGUUUGUGACGAUAUAUCAGUACUUAUCACACCUUUCGGGCAUUACCGUGAAGCUGCAGAGCAAAGCUGUUGAUAUCGUGAAAGCGCAUAACAUGAUAUCUGAAAUUGUGAGGACCUACAACAGCGAGCGCGCAAACGUUGAAAGCAGCUUUUCUCAAAUCUACAAACAAGGCAGCAAUAUUCCAGCUGCUUCUGUUCAAGAGUAUUUGCAGAGAAAUGUUGCAAUUCCCUUUCUUGAUCAUAUUAUUAUUAACAUCAACCGGCAGUUCUCAAAGUCGGCAGUCACAGCCAUUUCCUUACUUGGUCUUGUACCAAGUAUCAUAUGUUCGCAAGAUGUCAACCUGGAGGAGGCGCUAAUCAAGUACAGAAAUGAUCUGCCAUCGCAUGAAUUGAUGGACGCGGAACUCGGGCGCUGGAGGAACAGGUAUAUGGCGAUGCUCCCUGAUAAGAGACCGUGCUCACCAGCAAAAGCCAUCAAAGAAUGUGACGCCACUGACUUCCCAAACAUCUCGGUUCUUUUGACCAUCGCCUGUACCAUACCUGUCACCUCGUGUGAACGUGAGAGAAGCGCCAGUGCUUUACGACGUCUAAACAACUAUAUGCGCGCAUCCAUGGAUAAGGACAGAUUGUCUCACCUUGCUCUCCUUCAUAUCCACUACGAUGUACCAAUAGAUCUUGACGACGUAGUCGAUUAUUAUGCUCGCCUUCACCCUCGCAGACUCGAACUUUACUCGGUACUGUUACACUAA